UCACAACGCAGCAUGACCCGCCUGCACUGGCCCGUUCUCCCUCUCUCUCCGCAGUCUACUUUCGAGUGUCACGACGAUGGGGUUGUUGAUGUCUUGGCCGCUGUCGCCGAAAUACGAUUGCGGCGUGGCGGCAGAUGACGGGAUGGGUGGACGGCCGAAAAACUGGACGUCCUGCCGGCGAUGGUACGACUGGACGUUGUUGAAUGUGCGGAGUAGGUCCUCCUGCAGCAAUUUCAUCUGAGGUGGGUCUGCAGCUGUCCUCUCUGCUCCCUUCAGAGCCGCAUCGAAGGCAGAGGCAUUCAU